UCUAUAUGACAACUGUUUAACGUCAAACUUGUUUUAGUUGAACAAAAAAUACUUGCAUUGCCUAAAGUCGAAGCCUACUAGGUUACUACCUUAUAUGUAGCAAAUAGAGGAUGCAAAAUAUUAACUGAACGUCGUCUUUAUUCAAAAUGUCAGCAAUUGCAGCAACUGUAACAUCAAAUCGAUUUUAGACUAACAAAAAAAGACAGCAGGUGUUAAAAAGCAAGUGACUCCGAGCAACUAGCUAAUAAUUAACUAGUAUUUGCGUCCAAAUAUUAACGAGUGUUCUUUCGUCAAAAUUUCAACAAUAACAGGAACUAAAACAAUGAUUUAAUGUAACUAUUUAACAAAAAAAAAGGGAUUAUUGUCUGACAAAUAAGAUGUUGCUAACAAGGACGUGCAGCCUGCUAGGCUACUAGCUAAAAAGUAGCUAGUAGAAAUUACCAAAAUAUUAACAUGGAAUGUUAUCGUUAGUCAAGUUUAUCAAUAACACGAACUAUAGCAUCUACAUUAUUUAACGUAAAUCUUUCACUAAAAUAAAUUUUAGUCCGACAAAAAAAAAAAUAAUUGAUCAGUGUAGCCUUCUAGGCUACAAGCUAGUAAGUAGCCUAACGUUCUAGCUUAGCCUUCUAGUUCAAAUAUGAUGCUCAAUAAGAGGCUUAAAAAAGUGUUUAUCCAGUAAGGUUUAUUAAAAUGUAUGAUUAAUGUUCUUCAAAAUGGCUGCGACUAGUUCCCGAAAUCCCCCCUACACACACAGCAGCUCUCCUCUUCACCAAGCCACUCUGACGUUUGUUCCACGCCUGGACUUGGACUUGCACUGGAAUGUGCUUUUGCGUUUGAUGAACUUUGGCCUUCAGCCGGCGGGUCGCGGCUCGACGGGUGACGGAGGAUGGAACAUGGAGAACCUCCAGAAGCAGCUGCUGUGUCCCGUCUGCCUUGAGAUGUUCUCCAAGCCCGUCGUCAUCCUGCCCUGCCAGCACAACCUCUGCAGGAAGUGCGCCAACGACGUCUUCCAGUCGUCCAACCCGUCGUGGCAGUCGCGGAGCUCGUCCGGCGUGGGAAGUCGCUUCCGCUGCCCGUCGUGUCGCCACGAGGUGGUCCUGGACCGCCACGGAGUCUACGGUCUGCAGAGGAACCUGCUGGUGGAGAACAUCAUCGACGUGUACCGCAGAAACCAGGCCUCCAGGCCGUCGAGCGUCAAGCCAGAGUCGCUGACCUGCGAGGAGCACGAGGACGAGAAGAUCAACAUCUACUGCUUGUCGUGUCAAACGCCGACGUGCUCCAUGUGCAAAGUGUUUGGGCGCCACAAAGAGUGUGACGUGGCACCACUCAGCAGCGUCUACAUCAGACUCAAGACGGAAUUGAGCGACAGCAUUGCCGGACUGGUCGCCAACAAUGACAACAUCCAGGCUGCCAUCACACAUAUGGAGGGAGUGUGCAACGCCGUCCAGGCGAACGCUUGUCAUCGCCGGGAUGAAAUCGCCAGCCAGUUCGAGACGCUUACGGCCAUCUUGGACGAGCGCAAGCAGGAGCUAGUGGGCGUGAUCACCAGGGAGCAAGACGAAGAGCUGCAGCGUAUACGGCGCCUCAUCGGCGAGCACGGACAGAGGCUGGAGGACAGGAGGCAGCUGGUGGAGACGGCCGUGCACGCCGCCGACCACACGCACGCCGCAGUCUUCAUCCAGAAUGUCACUGUCAUACUGGAGAAGAUGUCGGCGUGCGCUCGCGACGCCAACGUGCUGCGACCGCAUCUGUCCUUCGACAACAUGAACCAUUUUGUCAUCGACGUGGACGACGUCGCAGACAUGUUGAACGACAUCCACUUCCGACGCAGUUUGUGCACGCUCGACAUUACGCCUUGCGACACAAGUGGUGCCUUGAGAUACGAGUGACCCGACUUAACGUGUUUUUCCAGAUACUAACCGUCGUUCGGACGAGUUUUUGCUUUGACUUGCGGGUAAAAUAUUGAGAUACAAGCGCUGUAUGGUGGCAGUGAACUCAAACAGCGUUUACUGAGGAAAACAAGCAGCCACUGCUCACAGGCAUAUAUUCUGUACCCCCUGUGAAAAACAACUAAUACUAGAACUGCAGCUUACUGAGGAGGUGUGACCGUCCCCUUUAUGUACUGUAUAUGUGUAUUUGUAUCAUACUGCCCACAGGUGCCCAAGGCGGCACACCAUAAGGCGGAGGACAAUGUCAGUAAAAAAACUGGAAGAAACGGUUGAACGUUUAACAUUUUUUUUUUUAUAAAGUUCAAUAUUAGUGUUAUUUUUCUUUUUUUAAAAACACAUUACAAAAAUAGAAUUUUUCUUUUGGCAAAAUGGAUUAAGAGCAUUUCCAUAGGGAAAGAUGAUUUGAUGAAUUAACCUUGUAUCUCAAGGCACCACUGUAUAUCUAUAUACAGUAUAUAUAUUUAUAUUGAGUGUGUGUGUGUCGUCUUUCAGGUGAAGAUGACCUUGAAGAUGACCUAGAAGUGGACUGACGGUCCGCCCGCCCGUUGUGAGCCGAGCAGACGAGCCGCGGUGAGGUGUGUACCGCUUUAAAUGGCCACGAUGCGUUCAGGUGUCUCCGUCGCUCCUGGCGCACUUCAAUAUGGCCAUCAUACGUUGACACGUGUGCACACACACACAGCUACACGUGUUGAUACUGACUCCGCAGAAACAACAACUCCUUCAUUCUUCCCAACAAGUACUUGACGUCCUCUUUCGUGUGCACUGUGUGUAUAUUUUUUGUAUUUUCAAUAACAGUCAAUAAAAAAAAUGGAUAUUCUUGCUUCAAA